UUCUCACUUCCCCAGCUCAACUCAAACUAAAGAAAAUGGAACUAGCAUCAACAUAAUCCUCUGGUUUUGGAACAACGUAGUUGGCGAAAUCCAAGUGUAGUCUUUUCCUUUCUAUGUUGUUCCACCCACGCCCCUUGUCCCUCCAAACCUUACUCAAGCGUGGCUUCACACCUACCCCAAAACCCAUCAACCGCUUCCUCCUCUUCCUCUUCCACCUCCACAAGUUCGACCUAAUCACCCACUUCUUCUCCCAGUUGAAAGCCAACAACGCCCCCACCAACCACAAGACCCUCUCCCUGCUCACAUGGGCACUCCUCAAAUCCCACAGAUUCGAAGAAGCAGAACAAUUCAUGUACACACACAGAGAAAUAACCCACUCCUUCAUGUGGGACACCCUCAUCCAAGGCAUCUGCACAAAACGCCACGACCCGGAAAAAGCACUCACCUUUUUGCAACGCUGCGUGAGGGACUCUGGUGUUUUGCCUUCUUCAUUAACUUUUUGUGCCGUGGUUCACGGAUUGAGCUCAAAGGGGUUAAUGGGUAGGGCUAUUGAGGUGCUGGAGUUGAUGGGUGAUGAUGGGGUUAAUUACCCUUUUGAUGAUUUUGUGUGUAGUUCGGUUAUUUCAGGGUUUUGUAGGGUGGGGAAACCGGAACUUGGGUUGGGGUUUUUCAAGAAUGUUACGGAAUGUGGUGGGUUGAGGCCAAAUGUGGUGACUUGCACGGCUCUUGUGGGGGCUCUUUGUAAGAUGGGGAAGGUUGGGGAAGUGUGUGGCUUGGUGCAGUGGAUGGAGAGGGAGGGGUUGGGUUUGGAUGUUGUUUUGUAUAGUGCUUGGGCUUGUGGGUAUGUUGAGGAGAGGGUUUUGGGGGAGGUUUUUGGGAGGAUGAGGGAGAUGGUGGAAAAGGGUAUAGGUCAUGAUUUUGUGAGUUAUACUGUGCUUGUGGAUGGGUUUUCCAAGCUAGGUGAUGUAGAGAAGUCGUUUACUUUCUUGGCCAAGAUGAUAAAAGAAGGGCAUAGACCUAAUAAGGUUACAUAUAGUGCAAUCAUGUCUGCUUAUUGUAAGAAGGGUAAGGUGGAGGAUGCGUUUGGUGUUUUCGAGAGCAUGAAAGAUUUGGGAAUUGAGCUGGAUGAGUAUGUGUUUGUAAUUUUGAUUGAUGGGUUUGGCCGGAGAGGGGAUUUCGAUAAGGUGUUUGGUUUGUUUGAUGAAAUGGAGAAGAGUGGGAUUAGUCCUAGUGUUGUUGCGUACAAUGCUGUUAUGAAUGGUUUGUGCAAGCAUGGGAGGACAUCUGAGGCGGAUGAGUUAUCGAGAAAUGUUGCUAAGGAUGUGAUUACUUACAGUACGUUGCUGCACGGGUAUACUGAAGAGGAGAACAUUCCGGGGAUUUUGCACACAAAGAGGCGACUGGAGGAAGCCGGAAUUGCUAUGGAUAUUGUGAUGUGUAAUGUACUGAUCAAAGCCCUGUUUAUGAUGGGGGCUUUUGAAGAUGUUUAUGCACUUUACAAAGGAAUGGCAGAAAUGGAUCUGGUUCCGAAUUCUGUGACUUACUGCACAAUGAUUGAUGGGUAUUGCAAGGUAGGUAGAAUUGACGGGGCACUUGAGGUUUUUGAUGAAUUUAGAAGGACUUCGAUCUCUUCACAUGCAUGCUACAAUAGCAUUAUUAAUGGCCUUUGCAAGAACGGUAUGGCAGAAAUGGCUAUUGAGGCAUUGCUUGAGCUCAGUCAUAAAGGUCUAGAAUUGGAUAUAGGUACAUUUAGGAUGUUGAUGAAAACAAUUUUUGAAGAAAACAAUACGAAAGAGGUUUUAGAUCUAGUUUACAGAAUGGAAGGUUUGGAAUCAGACUUAUAUAGUGCAGUAUGUAAUGAUUCCAUCUUUUUAUUAUGUCAAAGAGGAUUACUUGAUGAUGCAAAUCAUUUGUGCAUGAUAAUGAAAAAGAAAGGCCUAUCUGUCACAUGCAAGUCUUAUUAUUCGAUUUUGAGAGGGCAUCUAAGUAAUGGGAAUAGGGAGCAAAUUUUGCCCCUUUUAAAUAGUUUCCUGAAAGAAUGUGGUGUAGUUGAACCAAUGGUACAAAAGAUUCUUGCAUGCUACCUCUGUCUGAAAGAUGUCAACAGUGCCCUUCAAUUUUUAGGAAAAACAGUGAAUAACUCAUCAGCUUCCACUUUUCCUUCCUUUAUUCUCAAGAUUCUCAUAAAGGAGGGUAGAGCUUUAGAUGCAUAUAAGCUUGUCACUGGGACUCAAGAUAAUUUACCAGUCAUUUAUGUUGAUUAUGCCAUUGUAAUUGAUGCCUUGUGCAAGGGAGGAUAUCUCAAUAAAGCGUUGGAUCUCUGUGCCUUCGUUGAAGAGAAGGGGAUGAGCUUGAACAUAGUUGUAUAUAAUUCAAUAUUAAAUGGAUUGUGCCAUGAAGGACGUCUUAUUGAAGCAUUUCGGCUAUUGGAUUCUUUAGAGAAACUUAAUUUGGUUCCCUCUGAAAUAACUUAUGCUACCUUAAUUUACGCUCUGUGUAGGGAGGGAUUUUUGCUAGAUGCAGAGCAUGUUUUCAGGAAAAUGGUCCUCAAGGGCUUUCAGCCAAAAGUACAAGUUUACAAUUCAUUACUUGAUGGUAUUUCUAAGUUUGGUCAAUUAGAAAAGGCAUUUGAGCUUCUAAAUGAUAUGGGGACAAAAUAUAUUGAGCCUGACAGUCUGACUGUAAGUGCUGUAAUUAAUUGCUAUUGCCAAAAGGGUGACAUGCAAGGAGCCCUUGAAUUUUAUUAUAAAUUCAAGAGGAAGGAAAUAUCACCUGAUUUUUUUGGGUUCUUGUAUUUGAUAAGAGGUCUAUGUACAAAAGGAAGGAUGGAAGAAGCCAGGGGUGUCUUGAGAGAAAUGCUCCAGUCCAAGCAUGCUGUAGAGUUGAUUAACAUAGUCAACAAGGAGGUUGAUACCGAGUCAAUAAGUGAUUUUCUUGCCACUUUAUGUGAGCAAGGAAGGGUGCAUGAAGCUGUUACUGUUCUCAAUGAAAUUGCACGUAUGCUUUUUCCUGUUCAAAGGUUGUCCACUUAUAAUCAAGGAGUCAAUAAACAACAGAAGCUUUAUGAAUGGAAGGAUUUUGGUUCAAAAUCUUUUAGCAUUGUACCUUCCUCUUGCACAAGUGGUUUAAAUUUUGGAUCUUGUGAUGACAAAGAUGUAAGAAAUAUUACAACAAAUAAUGAUGGUCAUAUGAGAAGAUCCCAGCUGCAUGGCUUUGACUUCUAUUAUUCUAGAAUUGCUGCACUUUGUGCCAAAGGGGAGCUGCAGAAAGCAAAUCAAUCAGCAAAAGAAAUGCUUUCUGACCUGACAGAGUGUAUGAAUUGAACACUUGGGAUAAGAAAAGAAGAAUUCGUUUAAUGUAGGAACUAUUCUCCCGUUAGUGCCAGCAAAGAAGAGUUAGAGAAAACAUGGAUGACUGAAGACACGCACAGAACAAAAUCAUCUCUUAGAGCCUCUAUUAUGCAGUGCAACCAAAACUCCCAUAUAUGAUAUAAUAUAGCUAUUAGCAUUGACCUCUUAGAGCCUCUGUUAGCAUUGACCUCUAAGAGAUAAUUUCACUGAUGGCAUAUGGGGUUUUUGGUUACACUUAUAAGCACGAGACAGUGAAAGCUCAUCAUCAGUGCUAUAUCUGAAGACUGAUGAGAAGUAUGAUAUCCAUGUGGAGAAUUGAAGUUAUUGGUCAAAGGUGCAGCAACAAAAUUGGAACAGAAUCAUCUCAAAUGCUGGAUCCUGUAUGAAAAGUCAGUUAUAUAAAAUGGUUGAUAAGCAGCUACUUUGCCUUUUGGCUCCAAUACAUAGCUACUGCCUAUCAUUGCUAAACUAUGCUUGUUUGUCUGCACUUUCUCCUAUAAAGUGACUAUCAUGGAACCCAUUGGACUCGGCACUGAACCAUUAUAAGAUCUGCCAUUAUAGAAAUGGAUGACUGCUAUCACAAAUUCACAAUACUCAGAAUACAAGAGCUGUCAUAAUGUGGCUUUUUGACCCUAAUAAAUAAAAAAAAAAUAAAAAAUACACGAAAUAAAAAAUAAAAAAAACAAUUUAUCAAAGUAGGUGAUUUUGGAUAGCGUGGCGUCACGUGGAACAGAAAAUGCAGGGGGUGGGACGUUUUUCAGAAAAAGCCUCCCCCCAUGUGCCUUGUAUGGCUGAUGUGGCACCUGCACACGUGGAGAAGAAAGAGCAGGGGGGAGGCGUUUUUCAGGAGUCUUCCCCCAAGGCGCCAUCUUUUGCAAAUGUUACACGUGGCAGGUUUGUGAAGAAAGAGCAUGGGGGGAGACAUUUUUCAGAAGGAGCCUCCCCCCAAGACGCCAUCUGUUGCAGAUGUUACACGUGGCAGGUUUGUAAAAAAAGAGCAGGGGGAGGCGUUUUCAAGAAAAAGCCUCCCCCAAAUGCUAUCUGUUCACGUGCUGAUAUGUUGCAAUGCGCCUCUCUCCCAGACACUAUGAAAUUCAGACACUCCAUAAUUAAAUGUAAAACGUGUUAUUGAGUUUCACAAAAUUCACUUCUUCUGGUGUGGUCCAGCUGCUAUCAUAUUUUAUUUGAUGGUCCAGGGUAGUGCAAGUGAGUAAUAUAUUUUAUUUGUUGUAAUUUUAAAUUUUAUUUUUUUAUAAUAUAUUGUAUGGUGAUUUAAAGAUAAAAUAGAGUAGUGUAAUAAUUUAAAUUUUUUUUAAAUAGAAUGGUCAAUAUGUAAGUUUUAAACGUGGAACGGGCCGUUCUGAAAACGUACGUAUUCAAAACAGGCCGUUCUAGAUGGUAAAGUAAGGAGGGUUAUGUACAGUAAAAACGGGACGUUCUGAAGCAGAACGACCCGUUCUUAUUGUAUUGAAGAUUUGUUAUUUUUUUGCUUUGGAACGGGCUGAUCUAAAAGGAGAACGGGUCGUUCCGGAACUAAAAUGAACAUCUUAUGAGCUCUCUGAGAACGGGCCGUUUUGAUUUCAGAACGGUUCGUUCUAGAUUCAUAGAUAA